CACCAAAUACUGCUGCCAGCUACUUUCCUUUGUGCAGGUUAUGGGAUGCCUUCCUUCCAGUUUGAUAAGUCACGCCUCAGACUCCAGGCCCCUUGUCAAUAACCUGGUGAAUGAGAACUAAGCUUGUUGGAACCCUUGGAACCCAGAAUGCCCAGGGACGGAAAAUGACUUCCGAUCAUCCGCUGUUUGAAGAGGGACGCUUGAAUGAACCUCAACAGACCAAUCAAGAUGGUGAGCACUUGAACCAUACAUAAAGUGGUAUUUGAAAAGAAAUUGAGAUUUCCUACCUGAGGAUUCUGAGCACCCAGUAUGGAGGUGAUGCUCUUAUGAGGCAGCUGGAGUUCUAGUCCUACAAGAUGGGGAUACAAAUGGCGAGGUUUUCCCGUCUCGGUAAAUCGAGAUCCUUCGCCUCUGGAGCUCGAUCGAUUGCUUGCCCAUAUUCCUGAUAUGAAUAUUUGUUCAUCUUCAAGGCCAGCCUCGUGUGAAGUAUCACAGGAACAGGAUGAAGCUCCAUCCCAGCGUUUGCUGCUUAGGUGGCAGCGAAUGAAUGACAGCUAAGUCCGGCAAGCAAUGGGAAACGAUGGACUAAAACACCAAACUCCCAAACUCAACGGGAAGUGCUGUUCAAGAGUCAUCAUGUUACAGUGUCAUAGCAAUUAAAAGAUGUUAGACGGUAUUCUCCAAACUGCUUUCUUUUUCAUAAUGUUCGUUAUUCACUUUCCACCUCUCCUUUUCCUUCACUUCCCAUCAUGGUCAAAAACUUCCAAUUUGUUUGGCCCAAGGAUGGCCCCAAAGGAAAGAGUGGUCAUCGUGGGUUUUUUGGCAGACUCAACAAUGUCAUCACCAAUCGUGGUCCAGAUGUUUUCCUCCAAAGGAAGGGGGACAAAACGCCCAUCAAGCCCGAUGAAUGGGGGAAUUGGUAAGUCAUAUCCCAUGAGACAAGAAAUCAGCAUCAGCUCACACUACUUCAGGGAUUCAUAUACGAAUCCCAACGCCCAAUUGAUUGAGAACACCCGACAAUAUAUGUCUCGGGGCAACAAGAGAUAUGACCCGCAUACAAGAAGAUACAAAUCAUGGGCUUGGGACAAUGAUUAUCAUCAACAAGGUCCAGAUGGGCUCGGGCCGGGUUACUACCCGCAUUUCACAGCUUUGGAAUAUGGCCAGAUGCAUAGAACCUUGAAUCGCGGACACAGAAUUGAUCCCUCGAAGAUGGGUCGUGAAUGGAAUCAGUAUGGGCCCAAGGUGCGUGUUAUUACAGGACAAAAUAACGUUUCUAUGCUGAUUCCUUCUGCUGCUAGCGCUUCCGUCAAGAACACGAUUGGUUUUGGCAAGAGGCUCAUCGAGUCGCGGAAAAUCGUCUUGAGAAUCUUCCUGAUUGGUACGAUGUCAACCAGAAUUUUCAGAUGCAUCAAUGUUGGCCUAGUGAUCUGAAUGAUUGGGCUGUUACUGAAGGUCUUGGUCUUGGUCGUCGGCGAGGGCGAUAUCGCUGGCCUUGAAUUGGGAGUGUUAGCAUUUUGUUGGUGAUUUUGGAAAUUGCAGGCUACACAUUAUUGUUCAAGACGAGAGAUUUUUCAUACUAGUCUACGUGAUAAAAGGACAUUUCGAAGUAGUCAUGUUCUUGACAGGAACUACUAACAUUAUUCUGCAUUGGUCUG